UUACCCAACGACCUCAACCAUCAACAGUGUCCAGCUAGUUCGGUCAAUUUUUACAAAACGACGCUGAAACCAAAAAUAAAACUCUACAACAAAAUUUAAAUAUAAGUUUAUUUAAUUGUACAGUAAAUUAAGUCUAUUCAGCAUGUCCGACUUCAUCGAAUCGGAAGCCGAAGAGAGCGAGGAGGAGGAGUUGGAGCCCCAUGAGCGCAAAAAGCUCAAGAAAGUCAAAGCGAUGGACAGCUCGGACGAGGAUGAGGAAGACGACGAUGAACGUCUGCGUGAGGAACUCAAAGACUUGAUUGAUGAUAAUCCGAUCGAGGAGAGCGAGGGCGAGGACUCGGACGCGUCGGGGCGCGAGAAGCGCAAAAAGUCGGACGACGAGCUCGACGACAGGUUGGAGGACGAGGACUAUGACUUGAUCGAAGAAAAUUUAGGGGUGAAAGUCGAGCGACGGAAAUUCAAGCGGUUGCGUCGGAUUCAGGAUGAGGAGAGCGACGGCGAGGACCAAGGGGACGAGAGCCAGGACCGCGACGCCAUCGCCAUGGACUUGUUCUCAGACGACGAAAGAGAGGAUCAAAAUCAACGAAAGGACGAUGAGAGGCGCUCGGAGCGGAGUCACAGGCCGGCGGUGGAGCCCGAGCAGUCGUACGAGGAGGAAGAAGAAGGCGAUUAUUCGGACGCGGACGACUUCAUCGUGGACGACGACGGCAGACCCAUCGCGGAAAAAAAGAAAAAGCGGAAACCGAUCUUCACCGAUGCAGCGCUCCAAGAAGCCCAGGAGACCUUCGGCGUCGACUUCGACUACGACGAGUUCUCCAAGUACGAGCAAGACGACUACGAGGAAGACGAAGAGGAGGAGGACGAGUACGAAGAAGACGAAGAAGGCGGGGAGCGUCGAAGACGCCCGAAGAAAACCGCGAGAAAGAAACCCACGAAGAAGUCCAUUUUCGAGGUUUAUGAACCCAGCGAGCUUAAACGGGGCUUCUUCACGGACCUGGAUAACGAAAUUCGAAAUACCGAUAUCCCGGAAAGAAUGCAAAUCCGCGAAGUCCCGAUUACGUCAGUCCCGGAAGAUUCCACAGAGUUGGACGUGGAAGCCGAAUGGAUUUACAAGCAGGCGUUUUGUAAGUCCACGGUGUCCAAUAUGGACGCCAAUCUGACCGCAGAAGCCCGAGAAAGACAGAAAAAGGGCCCCCAGACAGUCGGCAAAAUCCGGAAGGCCCUCGACUUCAUGCGAAACCAGCAGCUGGAAGUCCCGUUUAUCGCGUUCUAUCGCAAGGAGUACGUCCAACCCGAGUUAAACAUCAACGAUUUGUGGAAAGUAUACAAGUAUGACGCGAAAUGGUGCCAACUUAAAAGUCGCAAAGAAAACUUGAUGGCUUUGUUUGAGAAAAUGCGGUCAUACCAACUCGACCAAAUUAUGAAAAACCCGGAUGCCCCGAUUCCUGAGAACGUUCGUCUGAUUAGAGACUCCGACAUCGAUCGGCUGAACACCGUCCAAACUGCCGAAGAGUUACAGGAUGUUCAUAACCAUUUCGUUCUUUAUUACGCGUCGGAUUUACCAGCAAUGCAUGCCGCCUGGAGACUCAAGGAAAAAGAAAGGAAGAAACAGGAGAAGAGGGCGGCGAGGUUAAAACUGAUAGCGGAGAGCGAAGACGGCGCCGAUAUUCCCGAAGAACCCGACGACGACAUGGAUGACGAACCCGAGCCCGAAACACUAAAGUAUGCCAACCGCUCGGGUUCUUACACCCUCUGCACUAAAGCAGGCCUUGACGCUCUGGCUAAGCGCUUCGGUUUAACCCCCGAGCACUUCGCCGAGAACCUCCGGGACAACUACCAGCGACACGAAGUGGAGCAAGAGCCCGUCGAGCCUCCAGACGUCGCCAGACAAUUCCUCUGCCCGAAAUUCUCCACCGUCGACGAGGUUCUCCAAGCCGCCAAGUACAUGGUGGCUCUACAAAUCGCUAGAGAGCCCCUAGUGAGGAAAUGCGUCCGCGAGGUCUUCUUCGAGCGGGCGAAAAUGACAGUCCGGCCGACGAAAAAAGGAAUGAAAGUGAUCGACGAAACCCACAAUUGCUACUCCAUGAAGUAUAUCAAGGAUAAGCCGGUGAGGGACUUGACUGGUGAUCAGUUUCUGAAGUUGACGCUAGCGGAGGAAGAGAAUUUGUUGACGGUGACGAUCAACGAGCACGUGGAGGGGAACACGUCGUCGUCGUACAUCGACGAAGUGAAGCAGUUGUAUAUUAGGGACGAGUUCAGUAAGAACGUGCAGGAUUGGAACGCGUUGCGGAUGGAGUGUGUGGAGAGGGCGCUGACGAGGUGCGUCUUGCCGGAUUUGCGGUCGGAGUUGAAGAGGAUUUUGUUGGCUGAAGCGAAGGAGUCGGUUUUGAAGGCGUGUUGCAGGAAGUUGUAUAAUUGGAUUAAGGUUGCCCCCUACUCCGUCACCUUCCCCGAAGAAGACGAGGACGAAUGGGACACCUCCAAGGGCAUCCGUGUAAUGGGCCUCGCCUACGUCCCCGACUACUCCCAAUCGGCCUUCUCCUGCAUCGCCGCCCCCGACGGCGAAAUCACUGACUACCUCCGCCUGCCCCACAUCCUCAAGCGCAAAAACAGCUACAAGCCCGACGAGAAGCUCCUCAAAGAGUCCGACAUCGCCGCCUUACGCAACUUCAUCAACACCAAAAAGCCGCACGUCAUCGCCGUCGGCGGCGAAUCGCGCGAGGCCCUCAUGAUCGCCGACGACCUGCGCGCCAUCAUCACCGACCUCGUCGAGAACGAGCAGUUCCCCACCAUCAAGGUCGAGAUCGUCGACAACGAGCUCGCCAAGGUCUACGCCAUCUCCAACAAGGGCGUCUCCGACUUCCGCGACUACCCAGAACUGCUGCGCCAGGCCAUCUCGCUGGCCCGGAAAAUGCAGGACCCGCUCAUCGAGUACUCGCAGCUGUGCAACGGCGACGAGGAGAUCCUCAGCCUGCGCUUCCACCCGCUGCAGGAACAAAUCACCAAGGAGGAACUCCUGGAGGCGGUGUGCUUGGAGUUCGUGAACAGGACGAACGAAGUGGGGGUGGACGUGAAUUUGGCCGUCCAGCAGGCGCACAAGUCGAACCUGGUGCAGUUCAUUUGCGGGUUGGGGCCGAGGAAGGGGCAAGCGUUGCUGAGGUUGCUUAAACAGACCAAUCAGAGGUUGGAGAAUCGGACACAGUUGGUGACGGCGUGUCACAUGGGGCCGAAGGUGUUCAUCAACUGUUCGGGGUUUAUUAAGAUUGAUACGAACAGUUUGGGGGAUAGUACGGAGGCGUACGUGGAGAUUCUGGACGGGUCGAGGGUGCAUCCGGAGACGUACGAGUGGGCGAGGAAGAUGGCCGUGGAUGCGCUGGAGUACGAUGAUGAUGAGGGGGCGAACCCUGCAGGGGCUUUGGAGGAGAUUCUGGAAGCGCCGGAGAGGUUGAAGGACCUGGAUCUGGACGCGUUCGCGGAGGAGUUGGAGCGGCAAGGAUUCGGGAAUAAGAGCAUCACGCUUUAUGAUAUUAGGGCGGAGUUGAACUGUAGAUACAAGGAUUUAAGGACGCCUUUCCGCUCCGCCAACCCGGAGGAGCUCUUCGAUAUGUUAACGAAAGAGACUCCAGAGACGUUCUACAUCGGAAAAAUGGUCACAGCAACAGUUGUUGGGAUUGCGAGACGGAAACCACAAGGCGAGCAACUCGACCACGCCAAUCCCGUCCGUAACGACGAAACCCGGCUGUGGCAAUGUCCCUUCUGCCUCAAGAACGACUUCCCGGAGUUAUCCGACGUCUGGAACCACUUCGACGCCGGCGCCUGUCCCGGUCAAGCCACCGGCGUCAAACUCCGCCUAGACAACGGGAUUUCAGGUUACAUCUACAUCCGCAACAUCAGCGACAAGAACGUCUCCAACCCCGAGGAGCGCGUCGGCAUCGGCCAACUCAUCCACUGCCGCAUCAUGAAGAUCGACGUCGAGCGCUUCUCCGUGGACUGCACGUCUAAGUCGAGCGACCUCCUGGACAAGAACCACGAGUGGCGUCCCCCGAGGGAUCCGUACUACGACCAGGAGCAUGAGGACAAGGAUACAAGGGCCGAGGCAGAAAUGAAGAAGAACAAGCAGCGGCAGACGUACAUCAAGCGGGUUAUCGUGCAUCCGGCGUUUCAUAAUAUUUCGUACGUGGAGGCGGAGAAGUGCAUGGCGAAUAUGGAUCAGGGGGAGGUGAUCAUCAGGCCGUCGAGUAAGGGGGUGGAUCAUCUGACGAUCACGUGGAAGGUGGCGGAUAAUAUUUAUCAGCAUAUAGACGUGAAGGAGGAGGGGAAGGCGAACGCGUUCUCGUUGGGGAAGACGUUGUGGAUCGGCGGGGAGGAGUUCGAGGAUUUGGAUGAGAUUAUCGCGCGGCAUGUGACGCCGAUGGCGGCGCAUGCGAGGGAUUUGUUGUAUUUUAAGUAUUAUAGGGAUACGAGCGGGGGGCUGAAGGAUAAGGCGGAGGAGGUGGUCAAGGAGGAGAAAAAGAAGAAUCCGUCGAAGAUACACUAUAUUGUCAGUGCGUCUAAGAGCUGCCCCGGCAAAUUCCUCCUCUCCUACCUCCCCCGCAACAAAUGCCGCCACGAAUUCAUCUCAGUCACCCCAGAGGGCUUCCGCUUCCGGAAGCAACUCUUCGACUCGGUGGCGUCCCUAUUCAAAUGGUUCAAGGAGCACUUCCGGGACCCCAUCCCCGGAGGCAUGACCCCCGGCACCCCGCGAACCGGCAGCGGCCGAACCCCGUACCAAACGGGCGCCGGAACCCCCAGCUUCAACGCCAUGAACUCAGAAGCCAUCCAACGGGUGGCCCAAAACUUGCCGACCCACAUGAUGCAGACCCUGUCAGCUGUGGCCAACCAAACGCCUCACUACCCCCACACACCAGGCGGCGCUUACGGCGCCAGCAACUACAUCAACACCCCAUACACCCCCAGCGGACAGACGCCAUUCAUGACACCGUAUCAGACCCCGCACACGCAGCAGACGCCGCGCUACGGACAGCAAACGCCGUCGCAGCACAUGCCCCCGAGCACCGCCCCCCACAUGAACGGGCCGUUCUUGCACCCGGGGGCGGCCACCCCCAGUCAGCGGACGCCGUCCUACAGGAAUCCCACGCAGUCGCCCAUGAUCCAGAACAGUCCCCAUCCGAGUCCGCACGCUAGGUCGUACGCCGGGAGCGACCAUGGCAGAGGUUUCGGUGACUCUUCUCGGGGGUUCCCCACGGAGUCGCCACGGGGUUACAGCAGCAAUCGGGGCUACGACGGGCCCCGAGGCAACUACAAUUCGACGGAGUCGACCGACUGGCAAAAAGCGGCUGAAGCGUGGGCUAAUCGAUCAAAGUCAGGCACGCCGAGGAGCGAAGGCGCUAGAAACACACCCAGGUCUGGAGGGCAAAGGACGCCUAGAUUCGACGAUAUUCGGAACGAUCUCGAGAGGACUAGGAUGAAAAACGUCGGGAAAAGUCCGCGGUCGUUACGUUCGACUCCCAGGACCAACACUUCUCCUCAUUCCAUGUCGCUCGGGGACGCCACACCGCUGUACGACGAAAGCGUGUGAGCUCUGAGGUGUCUUUUUGUACAGUUGGAUUUGAGAUAGCUGAUAAGUUAGCAGUUAUGAAGAUUAUAUUUAAUCAUGUGUUUUUAUACUUAUUUGAUUUAUUUACAGUUUGUGCUGUAGCGACAAUCAUUUAUUAUGAUUUGUUUUAUAUUUAUUUCGUCCUUUAUAAGAAAUAAAUGGUUGCAAGUGGCGUUGAA